AGAUAAAAUGAUGUUUCUGUCGAUUUGUCUUAUCAAAUGGAAAGUACCAUUUGUGUUUUCUGAACGCAGCCAAUCGCUCUCUGAGCGCUCAGCGAGCUCUUGCAUCUGAUUGGAGUAUAUUUUGAGGAAUAUGCCAAUCAGAUGCAAAAACCAAGUGUAGCUCCUGGAUAUACCAAAUGCACUCGCCGGUAUGUUGUUUUGGCGGGAAGUAAUGAUGUCGGGAAUUUGAAAUCGAUCGUUUGCUGUUCAACGUCAUUUCAACGUUUCUUCCAACUGUGAAUCACAACGUGUCGUCACAGCUCCAGGCCUCUGAAUUCUGUUCCAGGACUCAGUCGCAGGACCCGUCGAGUCGAUGAGACCGAAGGAUGCUCACGAUACAGUUCGGGCAAUGCGGAAAUCAGCUCGGAUAUAACUUACUCUCGAAGGUGUCCGCCGACCUGAGAAGCCCGAAUACCGGCGUGUCCUAUGGCGUCAAUUACGAGUAUGCGGAGAACACAAUCGAGAAGUGGUUCGACGGGAUCGCCGAAGACGACCGGUGUUUCGCGAGAGCAAUUCUCGUCGAUACCGAGGAGAAGGUUGUGAACAAGAUACGCAAAGAAACGACUGCCUCGUGGCUUUAUCGAUCAAGUAACAUCAUCUGCAAGUGCGGUGACAAUGGUGGUUCCGCCAACAAUUGGGCCUACGGCUAUUGUAUAAACAGCGAACAGUUGUCAAAUGCCAUUCUGAACGCUACACGACAACAGAUUGAAAAAUUAGACCGUGUCCAAGGAUUUCUUCUGCUUCUCAGCUCAGCUGGUGGCACAGGAUCUGGUGUUGGGAGCCGUAUGAUUGAGCUUCUACGUGAGGAGUAUGCGACCAAGACCAUUGUCGCCACGAUUGUACUGCCAUUCACCUUCGGAGAAGUGUGUGUCCAAAAUUACAACACGAUACUGACUUUGGCGAAGUUCUGUGACAAGGCUGAUCUCUCGAUACUAUUCGAGAAUGAGAAGGUACAUGCUACGUGCGUCAACUUGUUGCAAAAUUCUAACACAGCGUUGCACGACAUGAAUGACGUUAUUGCUGAGAACCUGCUUGCUGUCUUCCAACCUACCGACGAUGCCAGGUGCAACGCGAAUUCCUUAGCAUCCGAUGUAGCGACACAUCCUAAUUUUAAACUUGCGACAAUCAAGAGCACACCGUACAUUCCUGUAGCAUCUCUACAGUACGAACCCACGUACAAGUGGGAUGUGUAUGUACGUCACUUGGAGCAUGCUCUUCGAGUGUCGAAGUCUCAUGCAGAGCUGGCAAACAUCCGACUGAAGAAACCGAUCGCUUCGCUGAGAAAAAACCUGUCUCACACGUAUAGUCCCUGUGUGUCCAACCUUCUUGUGACACGUGGCAAGUCUAUGGAAGAUGAUGUUGUGAUGACAGGAGGUCUGCAGAAGAAGCAUCUGUAUUCAGACUGGGUUACGUUAGAUCCAUUUACUCACUUACACCAGGAACGUAGGAUCUUGAGUCGAAGCAAAUUUCUGACCUUAGUCACAAACAAUUCGGCGAUACACCAGCCGUUGGACGUUUACCUGGAUAAAGCCUGGAAUUCCUACAAGUGCGCAGCUUUCUUGCAUCAGUACAAACAGUUUGGCUGGGAGGAUGAUGACUUUCUGCGAGCUUUCGCGAAAGUCGAGAAUGUCGUGCGGGAGUACAAGAGCUUGAAGAGCCGAAGUGGAAAUUAGUUUUCUCUACGUGUAUUUUAGUUUUGUGCAUUCAACAAGAAUAUUUUAAUCGCAAGUGUCAAUAUAUGUACCUGGGAAAAGCAGAAAGACUACGGUAUGCAGAUUUAUUUCCGAGGCAAUUCCCCCCCUCCCCUCCUCGACAUCGCUCCUACGCUUUUUCGUGC